CAGAUGUGUUGGGCGCCGGGCGGCACGUCGCCAUAGAUGAUAUCCGCCUUGUCCGACAUAUGCCUCUCAUCUCACAGCGUUAACCUGGAGGAGCGAGCCCGCUGUGUGCUGCCAAAGCGAUGCCGCUUGUCACAGAGAAGAUGCGGGUUCGUUACUCAGUUCGUAUCAGCUUCUACGGAUACAAUUAGAAAGCGGUGCGUUACAUCUGACACAAAGUCACAACACGGAAAUGACUACAUAUUACACAGCGCAAUCGCGCACAGAAGACGGGAGAAGAGAUGUCCGCUCAGCAUAUGGUGCCUACGUCUACACCAGAUGGACCUGCCAAUAGCGAUCGUGUUGGCCGACCUGCCGAUGUAAACCAGCCAACACCGUCUUCCCUAGCAAGUGGUCGACGAUCCGCGCCCCACCUCCGCCCUGCGCGAUAAUGCGCUGCCGGGCGUACGGCAAGGCUUCCGCGGGUGUGCCUCCGCCAUCUGGUUUGCGCAGCUCAGCGUGCACGACAGUCAGGACGUCGCCCACCGUCACUGCCGCGCCCGCCGCCUUGCAGGACCGCACCUCGAUCUUGGCACGGACGAGCCCUGUGUCUAGGCGCAGGAAUAGGACCGUUGUUGGUGGGGAGCAGGCCGGAGCGUCGAGCAGCGCUUGGUGCGGCCCGAGGGUGCCGCGGAAUGUGCUGGAAGGGAGCGACAUGUCGAGGUGCAGUGUGGCGAAGUGCGGGCUCGCGGUAGCCUCUUGGUCGUUGCUGUCGCUGACAUCCUCGUCGACGUCCGGGAGUGGAAUUGGGAGCGAGAUGAGCGGUGUCGGUGGUGUAGACGCGAUCGGCUGGUAGAUGGGUGGGGGACUGGUCGGCUGGUAGAUUGGAGGAGGGCCAGAGAAGCCCCGUCUCGGUGGAGAAGAGGACGACUGCCAGGAGGAAGACGACCCCGCGGAGCUCUGGCGUGUAUGGCCCGCGCUGAACUCCUCUACGACGGGACUCCAGUGGACUUGUUUGCGGUCAGGGCUAGGUGGCAUCGUGCUUCUGAGGAGAGAGGAUGUUGGUGGUGGUGGUGGUGGUGGUGAAGGAAUAAGAGUCCAGCUCUCCACAGCAUCGAGCGACGAUAAGCGCCCGGAGCGGCUGCGAGCUGUGUCGGGUCCCAUCCAAUCUCGAAUCACUGCGCUCCAAAUUCAGUCGCCUGUCUGCUUGGGCCCUGGAACGGAAUGGGAAACUGACCAUCAAGCACACCCCCUUGUUCUGUUGCGUGGUUGUUGAUGCUGGGUUCCGGUCCCAAGACAAUACGGGGAAGGAAACUGGACUUCGGUCCCGAGGGCGGAACCCUUCAAGCCUCCGUUGAUCUGAUGAUAUGUUGCGGGUCGCCCUAAAUAGGGAACUCUGGCGUGGUGCUUGGACCGGGCAGUCGACGGGAUGCGAGGUCGGUGAAGAUUCGAAUCGUCGUUUCUAUCACAUCUGGGUUCGCUGGGCCCACAGUCGCAUUGGCUAUUCCCGUCCCUGUUGAGACAGCUUCGAGGGCGGAAGGGGAUGGCGCUAGUUCUUGAUUCACGCUAACGCCUUGACAUUGCUCUGCCUCUUAUGCUUGGGC